UAUAAACUAAGUCGCAUCAGCGGAGAAGCGCAUCAGUGUGAAGUUAUCAGUUGAGAGUUAAAGUGGUUCGUGGAGCUUUGCAUAUUCUGAAUCAAUAUGGCUAGAAUCGUUACGUUAGGGCUUCUAGUAGUGCUAUGUCUCGGGACAGUCCACCCCCAGUUGGUUUGCUAUCAGUGCGAUGAUUGUGAGUUCCAGCAAGAAAUCCCAGUCGUCUGCGGAGACAUUGACUUCACAACCACAACACCAACGGAUACAACCUGUCCGACCUGUGCUCCGGAACCGACGCUUCCCACGACGCCCGAAUGGACAACUUCCACACCCGACACUACCUGUCCAACCUGUGAACCUACGAUUCCCACCACUCCCAUCCCAACAACUUCAACACCGGACACAACGUGCCCCACGUGUGCUCCAACCCUGCCCACCUCUCCCAUCCCGACCACCUCAACACCCAUCCCAACGACAGCCACACCGGAGACCACGUGUCCAACCUGUGCUCCCACACUUCCCACCUCUCCCAUCCCGACCACCUCAACACCCAUCCCAACGACAGCCACACCGGAGACCACGUGUCCAACCUGUGCUCCAACACUUCCCACCUCUCCCAUUCCAACCACAUCCACACCGGUCGAAACUUCCACCCCAGAUACCACCUGUCCGACGUGUGCUCCUACCCUGCCCACCACACCACCCCUUACCACCUCCACACCUCUGGCCACCACGACGCUGGCACCGCCAACGCCUACAACAUCCACCACGACCACACCGUCCUGUCCGGCCGGCUGCUGUCCUUGCUUUGGGGCACGCUCCACCUCCAUCUUUACGAUGGCAGCACGUGCCACCAAGAAUGCGCUGAUGGAUGAGUUUGAAGAGGACAUUCGCUCACCGCGCCAACUGCCACUUCCGAUCUAUGUGUGCUACACGACCGAACGAUUUGUGAGCAACCGACGCGUGAUCAGUCGCGGUUGUACGAAGCGACAGCAAUCGCUAACCGACACCUGCACACAGCUCAACGGUGGCCAGACGUACGAACAGUGUUCGCUCUGCUCGUGGCAGCUGUGCAACCGAUAGGACGGGGGGGUAGUGUCAAAGCGACCUAUUGUUGCCCGUGUAUCUCUCCUAUUAUUGUACUGUUAUGGAGCUCUUCGGUUCGUAGAGGAGCGUAGAUCAUCAAUCAUCGAAGAUAGUGACACCAGUAGCUGCUAGAAGCUUCCCCAUCUCAGGCGGAAGUAUAUCGAAAUAAAGCAAACUCUAUGAUAAGCACUCAAA